AUGGCUUUCACUGUAAGGCUGCUUCUUCUGCUUAUUGCCUCAUUGUUUCUGGUUCCAGAAUCUCUUUUGGCCCAGAAUAAUGAUGGCAAAGUAGCUGUAGGUGCUUUUCUCGUUGCAACUGCAGGUAACAGCUCCUCAUGGCUUUCUCCUUCUGGUGAUUUCGCCUUUGGUUUUCGACAACUUGAAAACAGUGAUCUUUUCCUGCUUUCUGUAUGGUAUGCUAAGAUUCCAGACAAAACCAUAGUUUGGUUUGCGAAUGGAGAUAGUCAUGCAGCUGUAGCUAAGGGUUCAGUUGUGAAUCUGACUGCUGAGAGUGGACUAGUGCUUACAAGUCCUCAGGGUGUUCAGCUUUGGAGAUCCGAGUACCCCUCUGGAGUUGUUGCCUUUGGGGUCGUGAAUGAUACAGGCAACUUUGUUCUUCAAGAUGGCAAGUCAGAGACCUUAUGGGAGACCUUCAACAAUCCUACUCAUACCGUUCUACCUGGGCAGGAUAUCGAAAAAGGAGGGAAGCUCUGGUCUCAACAAUCCCAGACUAACUUUUCUAAAGGAAAAUUUCAGCUACGUAUGCAAGAUGAUGGCAAUCUCGUGCUUGUCACCAUAAACUUGCCAACUGAGUUUGCCAACCAGCCCUACUAUGCAAGUGACACAACUGGUGACUUGAAUUCUUCUACUGCUGGUACAAAGCUGGAGUUCAAUAGCUUAGGCUACAUGUAUGUUUUGAGAGAGAAUGGUGAAAAAUUCAAUAUCAAAGACGCAACCAGAGUCUCAGCCACGACCUUCUAUCUUAGAGCCACCCUCAACUUUGAUGGGGUUUUUGCACUAUACUCUCACCCAAAAAGUUACACUGAUAAUAAUGUAAGCUGGAGUCUUGUUUGGUCAGUGCCAGAUAACAUAUGCAGUAUGACUAUUGAAGCAGGUCUCGGUGUAUGUGGCUACAACAGUAUCUGCACUCUCCAAAAUCAGAGACCAACCUGUAAAUGCCUAACAAAUUACUCAUUACAGGACCCGAGUCAUCCGUAUGGGAAUUGCCCGGAUUUCACACAAGGCUGUGAGGAAGAUGACCUGACUGUUACAAAGGAUCUAUAUGAAGUUGUAAUGCUGACAAAUACUGAUUGGGCAACCUCAUACUAUAUGCGGUUAAAUCCUUCUACUUCAGAAAGUUGCAAUCAGUCGUGCUUUGGAGAUUGUAUGUGUGCUGUUGCCAUUUUCAGAGCUGGUUACUGUUGGAAAAAGAAGUUACCUCUUUCAAAUGGGAGACAGGACGGAAAGCUUAAUACGCAGGCCUUCAUCAAAGUGAGGAAGGGAAAUUUUACUGUACCAGUUCCUCAAUUGCCAAAUCAAGAUGACAAGAAGAGGAAGAACCAAACCACUUUGAUACGCAUUGGACCAGCACUACUUGGUACCUCAGUCUUUGUUAACUUAAUGUUAAGUGCUAUAGUUUUUCUGGGUUUUUUCUUCAUUUAUCGAAAGAAACAUAUAAGGCCUACGUCUAACCAACAUGUUUGGGACUCGAAUCUGCACGCUUUUAGCUAUGAAGAGCUUUUAAAAGCAACAAAUGGAUUUAAUGAAGAAUUAGGAAAGGGUGCAUUUGGAGUUGUUUACAAAGGAAUACUGCAAAUUUUUUCUGGUGUUCAGGUGGCAGUGAAGAAGCUCCGUUUUGUUUCACAAGAUAGUGAGAAGGAAUUCAAGGCGGAACUGAACAUAAUUGGUAGACUCAUGAUCACUCAUCACAAGAAUCUGGUUAGACUUGUUGGAUAUUGUGACGAGGAGCAAGAGCGGUUACUAGUAUAUGAAUUCUUGAGCAAUGGCACUUUAGCAAACUAUCUUUUUGCUGAUACCAGACCAGGUUGGAGGCAAAGAAUUGAUGUUGCUUAUGGAGUUGCGAGAGGACUUCAAUACUUACAUGAAGAGUGCAGCACGCAGAUCAUCCACUGUGACAUUAAGCCUCAGAACAUUCUGCUAGAUGAUUACUACAAUGCUCGGAUAGCUGACUUUGGAUUGGCAAAGCUUUUAAUGAUGAAUCAGAGCCGGACUCGAACAGCCAUAAGAGGAACAAAAGGUUAUGUUGCACCUGAGUGGUUCCGGAACAUGCCAAUCACUACCAAAGUCGAUGUGUACAGCUUCGGUGUGGUGCUGCUAGAAGUCAUUUGCUGCAGGAGAAGCGUUGAAAUGGAAAAUAUCUCCGAAGAGCGUGCUAUUUUAACCAAUUGGGUUUAUGAUUGCUACCUCGAAGGAGUCUUGGAUGCUGUUGUAGAUUAUGAAGUUGAGGCCUUGAAUGAGAAAACAACGCUGGAAAGAUUCAUCAUGGUUGCUCUUUGGUGCAUUCAAGAAGACCCUUCUCUUCGACCAACUAUGAGGAAAGUUAUGUAUAUGCUGGAAGGAGUAGUGGAAGUGCAUGUUCCACCAAGUCCAUCACCAUACAGCAGAACAGGAUGA